UUGACACCAGCUGGCGCUGCCGGGCCGCAUUUUGACAUCUCUUCGCCGGAAAUUCUCGCGGUGCACUGACGGAUUCGCCGGCAUCUUCCUCCAGCAAUGUCUGUCCUCAGGCCCUUCACGUGCAACGACAUGUUCCAUUUCAACAAUGUCAACCUCGAUCACCUGACCGAAACCUACGGAUUGUCCUUCUACAUGCAGUACCUCUCCCAAUGGCCCGAAUACUUCGAAGUCGUGGAGUCGCCUCUGGGCGAGAUUAUGGGGUACAUCAUGGGAAAGUCCGAAGGACAUCUCGAAAACUGGCACGGUCACGUAACUGCUCUCACUGUUUCCACAGACUACCGCCGCUUGGGUCUCGCUGCCACCCUCAUGAAGUUCCUCGAGGAUGUGUCCAACAAGAAGAUGGCAUUCUUCGUGGAUCUCUUCGUGCGAGUCAGCAAUAAAAUUGCCAUCAACAUGUACUCCAAUUUGGGCUACAUAAUAUACCGAACCGUGCUGGAUUACUACUCUGGCGAUCCGGAUGAAGAUGCUUUCGACAUGCGGAAGUCCCUGGCAAGGGACGAGUACAAGAAAGCGAUGAUCCCUCUCUCCCACCCCGUCGUGAGAUCUGACGAAGUUGAAUAAUAAAUUAUUGUGCAGAAAGUAAGCUUCAUAAAUAGUUGUAAUUUGUGU